AUGGCCACAACGAUGCUUCCAUUUCUUUACCAAACCCGCACUAUUCAGCGUAUUGUGCGCUCGACACCGGCGCGCCUUACCUUCUCUUCUCUGUUGCAUACAACUUCUGCGCAUCAUUUCUCUUGCUCAUCAUCACAUCGUGGACGCCUCAAAAGCGAGGACAAAUUCAACACCGAAGACCCCAUCCCAUUCGAACUUCCUGAAGACCUAGCAGCCGAUCCUAGAUUCAACCCACAGCCCGAAAAUGAUUAUGACGAAGUUAACGACGAGGAGCCCAGGCCCGGGACCAUUACGCCCAAGGAGCGCCAAGCGUUUGACCACAUAUUCAAAGAGAUAUCACGCACCACUCAAACCUCAAGUGGUGAUGCGGUGACUACGACCAAGGAUGACUUUUCCUUGUCAGACUCUGGAAAAAUUUCUGGAUCCUCGACGAACCCUUUCCAGCUGUCUGCUCCUCGUGAGCAAAGUAUAAUCAGCAGCAUUAUUGGUGAUGCAAUACAAGGCCGGGUGUCGGACGAGAAGUCGACCCAUAGAGAUCUCUUGAAGAACAUGCGUCAACUGCACAAUAUUGAUCCCUUUGGUGGUAAUGCCGAUUCGAAAAUGUCGGCGCAAGAGCGCUAUGAGAAGCUUCUCAGUUUCCCGCCUAGUCUCCGUGACGCGGCUAAAAGGGCUCUUGGAAUCCUCAAACCUGAGGAGAAGGCCGACUCAGAAGACGACUUUACGUCCUUCAAGCGAAAAAUGGUACAUCCGGAACACAUGCCCUUGAACCGAGAGGAGUAUAUGGCAAGCCGAAAAGAUCAGUCAGUUUUGGAAGCUGAGGCAUCCAAAACAGAUGAGACAGGCGCGGAGCUGGUUGAAGAGCCCUCGCUUCCCAUUGCACCAGAGGUGUCAUCCGAGAAAUCCGGACCGCCGCCUACGGACAUCAUGGACCGCUUGGACCACAUCACCAAGACGGAGGAGUCAAGGAUCCAGGAGCGUGAUAGGGUCAACGCCCUCAUGUUACUGACCAAGUCUGAUUUUGAGCUGUGGGACGUCUUGGAGCGCGAGGUGUUUUCCAUGGUUUCCCGGUUAGGGCUUGACGCGAAGGGCACGCCGCCACCACGCAGUGGAAAGAAGUCAAAAAAGACAUCCGAUUCCACUUCAGCAUCUGUCCCAUCUGACGGUGGACCCCGACGUCGACUCGACCUGGCCGUACAUGGCCCACUGUAUUCUUCCCAUAUUAUCGCUGGACUUAAGACUAUGGACCAACGCUACCCCGGGUCAUCACUGGCACUCGCUAUUCUCCCGCGAGUCAAAUCGCUUGGUCUGGCAUCCUACAUCCUGGGGGCCAGUGUAGAUCUCUACACGGCACAGAUGAACCUGCACUGGAACCGCUAUCGAGACGUCCGGGCCGUCCUCGAUCUCAUGGAUGAAAUGAAAAGUGCAGAACUCCUCUUUGAUAAGAAACAUCUGACCAUGUUGGAAGAAAUGGAACGUGCCAUGGUGCUCUGUCUCAGUGGCAAGAGAGGUGAACCAAUAGCAAAUAUCAUUGCUUCGCCGGAGUGGGCCUCGUUGUUAGUGACGCGAAUUGUACACUUAAAGGGUUGGAUCAAAGUGGACCUCAAGAAUCGCGGCGAAUUGCCGCUCUAUGCUGCCUAUGGCGUCGAAUUGUGA